GAUUCUUUUCAUGUCUGUGUUUUCUGUUAGAGCUAUUUUAGCAAAUUUAGGCAUGGCAUGAAGACACAUGAAGGAAGAUUGGCUGGCUUUCCAUGAAUGUGGAAGGCCUCAUUUUGGUUUGAAGCAAUAAAAACUAGAAGGGGAGGGGGCAAUUUUUGUGGCGUAAUCAGAUUUGGAUAAAUACUGCUGAUGAAUUAAAAUCCUUCAAAUGGUUACUAGGAGCUUGAGAGAGCUAGCAGAAAAAGAAACAGCUACUUUAGAGAAAUAAGGAGGAAUUCAUACAAAAACAAUGCCAGCAAUCAAUAUAGAUGAUCUAAGUGAGAAGGAUAAAUUGAAAAUGGAAGUAGAACAACUCCGAAAAGAAGUCAAAUUGGAAAGGCAACCUGUGUCUAAGUGUUCUGAAGAAAUUAAAAAUUAUAUUGAAGAAAGAUCAGAAGAAGACCCUCUAGUGAAAGGCAUUCCUGAAGACAGGAACCCUUUUAAAGAGAAAGGAGGAUGUGUAAUUGCAUAGAAGAAUGCUGAUAAUUUUGAAACUGAGAAAAAUAACCAUAGUAUAGCUAGUUUAAUUUAAAUCUCAGGAAUCUUAUUGUACAAAUUAAAAGGUUUUUUUUAAAAAAAAUAAGAAAACAAAUGAUUGUAUUGUUAUUUCCUGAAACAAGUUUUGGCUUACCAUAUUAUUAAAUUUCUUUCAAGAGGC